CUCCGCUCAUGCAUUGUCACUCAUACAUGCAGGACACGCUGGCGGCUCAUCAGAGAGCAACAUUAUGUCAGCUCAAAGGGAGACCACCAGCGCAGUGGAACUACUCAAAAUACCUGAACAAAACCUUGGCUUGUCAAGAAUGAAGCAGUAUUCUCCCGGCCAUGGGCGUAAACUGGGCCAGACAAGAAAGUUCCGAUACAGGAGGGAUUUUAAAGAUGAGGAAAACCCCGAAGAGAAAGCCCGUCACCUCAAAGAGCUACAGCUCAACCCGCUGUAUAAGGAGUUGUUGUACACUAUUGCGCAUAAGAUGGGAAAAUCGGCAUCAACGGAGGUCUUUGCCGACAGCCAACUUCACCAGUAUAUCAAAGAGGCUCUAACAAUGACAGAAUCUGAGCACAACUCUCUGAUGGAAGUAGUACAAAACUCCGAGCCACCUGUGUACUGCCUGAUGGCUACUGUAAAGGAAGCCAGGGGAAUUCUGGGAAAAGAUGUUAGCGGUUUAAGUGACCCCUACUGCUUGCUGACCAUACUGGAGGACGAAGAAGAGAGGCGCACACGUCGUUCCAGAGCCAAGGCCAUUAAAUACGUGGUCAAGGACGCCGUGUCUGACGAUAAGAUCUAUCAGACCGACAUCAAGAAGCAGACUCUCAACCCAAUUUGGAACGAAACAUUUAUACUGGAGUUUGAAGACAUUGCGGGUGCCAGCUUCCACCUUGAAAUGUGGGAUAAAGAUGAGGAGGUGUCGCUCACUCAAAAACUCGAGGAGAUCACCACCAGUUUGUCGAGUUUAAGCAGAAUUCUUAAGGAGGUCACAAAGGAGAAAGGGACCGAUGACUUUUUGGGGAAAGUUGUUAUCAAGCUACAGGAUCUCCACUGCACUGAGGACAACUGGUACAUUCUGCAGCCGAGAACAGAGACGUACCCGGACCGAGGCCAAUGUCACCUGGACCUCAAGUUUAUCCAUAAAGCGAGAGAUGACACACUAAGCCCAGGUCGAAACGCUUACACCAACUACUGUGGAAUCCUGCAACAGUUUGUCCUGUCUUACAUUUCCAAGCAAAAGAGUUCCGCCCCAUGGAAAGGGGAAUUGUGCGGCGAGGCGCAGACUCUCCUGGAGCAUUACGCCACACAGAAUGACCUUUCACCUUUUCUUCAAGACUUGGCGAAAUGGGUGGCUUACAGUAAACUGUACCAAAGCAUCGAGGUGGAUUCCUCUUUGCUGUUACAACAACUCACGUGUGUGGAGUACCACUGGCAUCAACAGGAGCUGCCAUACCAACAGAAGCAAGAACUGGGCGACUCUCUUCAUGGUUUCCUGCAUUACGGUCUCCAUCUCGUGUCAAAAUACCGAGACGUCUUCCCCCCGACGCCGAGUGCCACUCCGAAAUUACACACACUGCUCAGGAUCUUAGUCCAGAUCUGCAAGACAAAAGCAUUUCAGAAAAUGAACCCGGCUGAUUUUGAACUGCACGACGAGGUGGCCGACGCGGUCCAGACGGGCACGCAGGCGUGGUUUAGCAACAAAAAAGGUUUGCACCAGCCAAUGACCAAGGAGCUAUCAGAGAUCAUUAGCGCCUUGUCCAGGUUGAUUGUCGAAGUACGGGAUGACAUAAAACUCAACAGGGAUGUCUGGAACAGAACAUUUGUCAGUGCGGUACAACUGGACGUGUUCACUGAAGUCUACGAGAAGUUCGAUUCUCUGCUUGCUACAGAAGUGAGAGAAACCUUAUCUCAAAUGGAGGGUCACAUUGAUCAGAGUCUAGCCAACAGCCUGUUUCCUGUUUACCUGAACCUGCAAGCCAUCCGCAAGGACAAGGCCUUCUUACAGAAAAGGGGUUUACUGAAGCUGACAAACUUUCAUGUGAGCUUCAGAGAGGCUCAGCCUUUCUGGCUCCACCAGAUAUUCAACACCACGAUGGACAGAGUGGAGAGGGCCGUGAAAGUCGACAAGCUACAGCCCAUGCACUCCAGUGCAGCACCCAUAAAACACAGCUCCUCGGCCGUGGACCUGGUUGCUUGCAUCCAGCCUGUGUGCGACAUGUGGGAGCAGAUGUCCUGGCCGGACCCCGAGGAGUCAUUCAUGCUCAUGGUCAAAAUCACUGAGGAUGUUUGUAAGAUUGUGGUGACCUACUGUCAUCGUCUCAAAGCCAGAGUCAGGAUGCUCUCUGAGAAGUCAGACCAUGGAAGCGCAAUUAAAAUGCUGUGCGUUGUGGUGAACGACCUGGAAUACCUGCGGUCCGUCGUGGCGCAGCUUCCCGCGAAGCUAAAAUGGGCGGCGCUUUGGGAGCGCACCCGACACGCCAUCGGGGAAAGUCAGUUUCACAACACGCUGCAGGCGCAAGUGCAGCAAACUCAGGGCGCCCUCGGACGAGAGAUCCGCUCCGCUUUGGACACGCUGAGCAAAAAGUUGAAUGCAGAUAUUGAGACUUACGUCAGAGGAAUGUCAACCACAACGCAAAAUCCCUCCAAAUCCACAGAAGAUGCCGCAACCCCUCUCAUGCGCUAUCUGGAAAAAGAGCUGCAUUACAUGAAUGAAAACUUGGUUCAAGAGAACUUCAACAGUCUGCUGACUCCCUUGUGGAACAACUCGGUGAAAAUCCUCUACCAGAUGGCUGCUGCGCAUUCGCACCAAGGGGGGCUCAUGGUAUUCUGUCACAGGCUGCUGUACACACUGCAGUGCCUGGAACAGUGCUUCCACGGCGAGGGUAACGGUCUUCCAUUGGAAACACUCCACUCUGAUGAUUACAAGGCUCUCAAGGCCUACCUGACUCAUCACUCUCUGAGCAGUCGCCAGCUUGUGGACAAGUACCUCGAAGGGAAAAUAUUGGAGCAGAGAGUGACUGCCGGUGAGAAAUACGGCGCGGUUACACUUCGCACCAACUACAGGAGAUCGGACCAAAGACUCAGAGUUGAAGUGUUGAACGCAGCCAACCUUCUACCAAUGGAUUCCAACGGUUUAAGUGAUCCCUACGUGCAGUUGUGUCUGGAGCCUUUCCACACCUUCCCUCUUGUAGAACCUUGCCGCACUCAGAUAAAAAGCUGCGAUCUAAAUCCUCUCUUCGAUGAGGGCUUUGAGUUCCUGAUUGGGUUGGAUCAGUGCCAUGCUCCAGGUGCAUGCUUGGUAGUGACGGUUCUGGACCAUGACACCUUGAGCACUGACGACUUUGAAGGUGAAGCCUUCCUGUGUCUCAAAGACAUACCUGGAGUAGCAAAUACAGAGGCAGAAAAACACGGACCGGGCUUUCAUCCCGAUCCAGUUCCUGCUCAAAUUCGUCUCCCUUUGAUGCAUCCAAAACCUAAUGAAAACAGUAUCCUUAAAUUGCUGGAGUCCAGAAAAGGCGAUCGAGAAAUACAAGCCUUUGUGAAGAAAAGAAGACAAAGAGAGAAACAAUCCAAGGAGCGAAGUCAACCAUGACACAUGCACGUUUUUUUUUCCAUCCAAAAAUAUACAAUUUGUUUUAAUGAACUAAAUCCAUUCAUAAUGAAACACUGAUAUAAGACAGUCCACUUCCUGAUGCAUUUUCUAAUCAGUGCGGUAAAGUUUGUCAAUACACAGAACAUGUUAAGACUACAAUGAAAUGUCAACAAUGACAAGCUGCCUUGGGAAAAUACGGCAGGUUUGAAUAAACAUGUGAGUAAUUGAGACGAUGUGAAAAGUUAUGAAAUU